AUGGUAGGACAUUUUCUCUGUGCCUUGCUGCUUAUCUUGGUUCUGAGAUUUGAACAGGGAUCCUCUUCUGUUUUGAACGACCCAGACCGGUUAGAGGAAGACACCUACACUACAGCAGACGAGGCGGAUGACCUUGCCGAGCUGAAUGACCUGGAAGUGGAACAGGUGCAAGACAGCGUGUCGGCCGACGUCUGCAAAGAGAUCAAAGAUGAAUUCAAAGCCGUGCAGAAAAAAUCCAUGGCUGAAGCCAAAAAAGAAAAACCUGAUAGCCUGAUAUUUUUGAGACAGGAAGCAGUUAGACGAAGUCUGAGAAGAAGCUUUCAGAUACUACAACAUGGUAAAAGAUCAAAGGUGGACAACUCGAUAGCGGUGAGGGCAUUACGGAAUGAAGCUUGUGCCAAGCAUGCCAUACAAGACAUUUGUGAGACGACGAAGGUUUUGGACCUUUUAAACAUACCUUUGAAUACAAGAAAGUAAGUGUUUCCAAAAGCAGGACACAAAAAUGACGUUCACAGCUCAGUUACUUAAACUUACAUUUUCAAAAAUAUCAAAUUUAAAACCUUAAAAUGCGCGCAAGUUAUUUAGAAAAAUGUAUUUCAGUAAAAAAGUUGAUGAUCUUUCAAGGUGUCAUGAUCCCCAUUAAGCAGGAACUCCUUAGCGACCUUGCUGCACCAAACAGCUCAACCGAACUCGAACCGAAUUAAGACUCCACUCAGUACAAUUACUAUUGCUAAAACCUUUUCAAUGAUAUAAAGUUUGGGGUGGUUUCUUAAAAAGAAGCGCGCGCACGAAUUUCUUCUUUUGUUUCAGCUCUUUAAGACACCCGCGAAGGAUUGGAUUAACCUGGCUGACUCACUUAAUCUGAACUCUUUCUCUCCAAAACAUAUUUUACUCUAGAACUUACGCCUACCCUUUCUUUAGACCGUUAUUUGUUGAGCCAAAGCUGCCAAAGUCAAUUCUAGCCAGGGUACCUCAACCUUGCUAAUACUUUCAUUGUCCUUUAAAAUUACUGGCGAGUUUCUUUUUUCCUUUAUAGCAUUUCCAAAUUUGUAACGGCAUUUGAAUUUUCAACGGAACUCUGCUAAUAAACAAGUUAUGUUUACUUUUUUCCUUCAGGCACAGGAGAAGAAGGAUAUGCAGGAGAAAGGUUCUUAAAUGUUUAGAACACGAACCGUUAGGGAACAUAAAAUGUCCACAGAAGUCUGAGGAGAAAGCCCGUUUUAGAACAAUUGAUGGAACUUGCAAUAACGUGAAUCAACCCCUUUUUGGAGCAGCUGGUACUCCAUUCAUACGAGUACAACCAGCUGAUUAUGCAGAUGAGAUUUCGGCACCUCGCGUGGCAGAAAAUGAAGACCAGUUACCCAACGCGAGAAACGUGAGUCGUUUCGUUCAUGGCAGCAAUGCAAACCGCCAAAACCCUAAUUCUCUAAGGCUGACUCACUUAGCAAUGAAUUGGGGUCAGUUCCUGGACCAUGACCUAACGCUGGCAGGAGAACAACAUGUUACCUGUGAAACCGUUCCCUCUAAUGAGUCAGAGUGUUUCAACGUUGAAGUUCCGGCCGAUGAUGACGUCUUCCAGAGCAGGGGUGUUACAUUCUUCGAGCUAAUUCGAGAUGCUCCCUUUGAAUUUAAGCUAGAGUGUUCAACAGGACCAAGAGAGCACACCAACACGAUAACAGCUUUCAUCGACGCCUCCAACGUUUACGGCUCCGACGAGGAGGAGGCUGAACACCUUCGAGCACCCGACGGGACAAUGAGAAUUAUGACACCUCGUCACGGCUGCCCCUUAGGGGAUCUUUUACCUGCACAAACAGAUCCUGAGAUACCGUGCGUAUCAAAAGAUCCUAACAGACCUUGUUUCGUAGCCGGAGACGAGCGCACGAACGAGAAUCAAGGUGAGGUCACCAAAUCCCUUCAUUCGAUUCUCUGAUUAAGACAAAAAGACCGUAGUAUAGCGACCUUUUUCAAAGACGUGUCUAACGUAUUCCUAUCGAAUUUUUACAAUAAAACUAUAAAAUAUUGUUCUACACAUGUAGACCACGCAUCGUCAAAGUUUCAAGGUGUGAAGGCUUAUACACAGACUUCCCUAUUAAAACGUGACUGAAAUGUUGGAAUUGCACACGAGCUCUGUUUAACCCCUUUGGUCCCAAGAUCUCAACACUAUUGCUUCUGAAUGUCAACCAUACCUUAUGUCGCGAGGAGAAAGUGCUUUUCGGUCAUUUCAGGUCGUGAAAUAACUCAUACUCGACAAGCAAUAAAGAGAGUGUCCUGCGUGGGCAUUUUUCGGACAUCUUCCAGUCGCAAGCCCUUCCAUCUCCUCCUAUAUUAAAUAGCUCUUUUAUCUUCUUGCUAAUGCUAUAUAUUUCCUGGAUACAACAGGUCUCAUGUCAAUGCACACUCUCUUCGUCCGGGAGCAUAACCGAAUAGCAGCAUUUUUUGAUGAAAACACAGAAUGGGAAGCGGAGCAGAUUUACCAGGAGACUAGGAGAAUCGUUGGGGCGGAAUUACAAUUCAUUACAUACAAAGAAGAUCUGCCACUGCUUCUUAGCCCCAAAACGGUAAGUAACUGUUUUAAUCUCUGUUUUUUUUUUUUCUAAUUCCAAACGGACUUCUUUUCUUCAUUUUUUUAGAUCAGAGACAACAAUCUCGCUCUGCUGAAAGGAACACGGUAUUUCAAUGGUUACAACCCUAAUGUCAAUGCUCAAAUGUCUCAAGCCUUCUCUGCGGCGGCUUACCGAUUUGGGCACAGUUUGGUUCAAGAGGAGUUUCUACGUUUAAGUCAGAAUGGCUUUGAACAUAAAUGUAGCAAUGAUUCUAAGUCAGAGUUCUAUCCCAUCCCAGUAAAGGACUUUGGUAAUCCAACCUACUUAUACGAUAAGUGUAACGGGGGUGUCGAUUCCAUUUUUAGAGGCUUGGUUAAAAGUCCAGCAGCCAAAAUUGAUGGGUGAGUAAGUAGGAGAUUAAUUUUUGAUAGAAACGUUUUGUACGUAUCUCUUGCCUGGAAGAAGCAAGCCAAUCGAUACGUUUUCAUCCGAAGGGGGAAGGGAGGAGUUAUUAGGCGAAAGAGGAAAAGUGAUGGUUGUGCGAAAACCAAAACAGUUAAUUUCACGAAAACAUCGAACGAAAUAUCAUUUUACCCAAAUACUUCUGAUUCAAACUUUUUACCUCGAGAAAUUUAAACUCCGUGCUAGAAUAUUUGCUGGAAAAAUAUUUCCUAUCAGGUAACUUAGAAUGAAACGUAACUGCCAAAAAGUAAUAAAUAAGGUUCUUGAAAAUUCCUAUUUUUAUAAAUAUUAAUUAUGAGUAGGAUUAUCAGUUACUCGAUACACGAUAUUGAUUUGCAUACGAUUGAUCCUUGGGUUGGCCUGAUUCUCUCCCCAGGCUCUUCUCCAAGUCUAUACAAGAAAACUUGUUUCGAGGCCCCGGUGACUUGUCCGACCUCGUAUCCCUGAACAUCCAAAGAGGACGCGAACGUGGUGUGCCUUCAUACACCACAUAUCGAAACACGUUUUGUAAAAUUACGCCUAUGGUAAACAGCUUCGAAGAUCUAAAAAAGGCCGGCAUUACCCAAAAAGAUAUAGAUAAUUUGAAGUCCCAGUACCAGUCAGUCCACGACGUCGAUCUUUUUGUGGGAGGUAUGUCUGCGCCAGCUCAGCGUAAUGCUGCCAUUCAGCAAAUUUCGAUUGAAUGUUGUAAAACCAUAUCACAAGGAGCCAAUGAGGAGUGCAAGAAAAAGCAAGCAAACUGCCUCAAGCGCGGGAAAACGCGAGUUAUCAGUCUGUCUUUGGUUUAACUUUUUGAUCCUCGUUGAUUGGUUUUAUAGUGACUCGAUUAAUAUGGACCAAUAACAGAGCAAAGUAAAGAAAAACCAAAGCAAUCUUGAAUUGUUUUCGACGUUUGAUUGAAUAUUGCUUUACAAUUUUUUAAUUUAAUCAAAUGAGUAAGAGGUCGAGAUAUGUGCCUAUUUGAGCUAAGUUCUUUUCCUUGCGUUUUUGGGGAUCGAGACUGAAUUUCUUGACUGAAAGUUAACGGCAAGCUUGGUUGAGGACGGAUCUAUUCCUUUGAAAUUUUUCCUAUAAUUUCAGUAAAUUUUCCAAAGAUUUCUUUUGUUUCAACUGUCCGAAGACGAGUUCAUGACUUUCUUAGCUUGUUACCACAAUGCGGCAAAAUUUAAAAUUUAACCAAAUACAAGCUCUUUUUCUCCUUUUGCGGGGUCAAAGCGGAUGUUCCCGAACCAUACCCACUCGUGAAGCCGAUCAUAACGAAGGAUUAGCUUUAUCAUGCCUACUCCAGGACCCACUCAUUAACGAAGAAAAAAAAAGCUAGGCACUACGGAACAUCUGUAUUUCACUUUCGUUCAGCCUACACAAGUGAAAUAAUUACGCUCAGGGGAAGAAGGUUUAAAAUAGCGUUUGUGGUAAUAAUUUCUUUUUUGUUAUGAUUCUUCACAGGAAUGUUGGAGCCGGCAGAUUCAGAGGGAGGAGCACUAGGAAAAACCUUUCAAUGUUUAUUAGCUGACCAGUUCAAACGCCUACGAGAGGGUGACCGCUUCUGGCAUGAAAACGCGCCAAACCGAAUAAAGAACACUGAUAAAACAGCUUUUACGCGAUGCCAACUGCAAGAAAUAAGAAAGGUUACAUUGGCCAAGAUAAUCUGCGACAAUGCUGAGAACAUACCUUCUAUCCCCAGGAGGGUAUUGCAACAGUCAAAGACAUUCGUCGAUUGUAAUAAGCUGCCCGAAAUGAACCUGGAUGUGUUUACACCAAAUUUCAGAUGUCCGUGGCACAUAAGGUAUGUUUGCAAGUAUCAUUGAUGUGAAAGCAACUUCACCUUAAUUCCUCUCAACUUUGAUUAACUGUUAUUUGACUGUUUUGUUUUCCGACAGAGCCUGGGGUGACUCCCCAGACCUUGAGGAUGAAGGUGACGAUGGAUUGACUGAGUAAUUCGUCCACGAACAUGGAAUAAUUCAUCAGCCUCUUGACUCCGACUCGAAGAUUUGUACCUUUUUUUAGAAAAUAGUUUAAACAACUAAAAUUCUUAAAUGGAGUAGGAGAACUCUCAGCGAGAUAGCUUGUUUAUCAAAUGUAACCUUUCUUUGUAACUGGCUCUGCUGUUUUCAAACUUACAGGGGAUGGCGCCCUUAUUAUUGCUAUUCGUAGCCCGCAAGAUGUUGCCAUUGGUGUAUCUGACAGGCAAUAAGCUGAUCUUGCUCUUGUUGUUGUUUUUUAGUUUUAUGUAAGGAGGUUCCAUGUGUAAUUUUAACAAGGCUAUCCAGAUCAUCAAUUUUGGAUGCUAGCCACAUUUCGCCUCAGACAUUAGUGUAGUAAAGUUAACUUCAGUGAUGCAUCAAUCAAUGUCUCGUUAUUGACUAUCAACUUACAUGCGAAGAGGAUCACUUUUCGAGUAUCAGCCCUGGAGUCUAAGUUCAAGAAGAUUUAUGAACCACCUUUCUUGGUUGCUUAAUCCAUUACACAAAAACAUCAGUACGCAUAUUCUCCAUACUGUUCUUGGUAUAUCUUCUAAGGUGCUGAGAAGGAGAAUAUUUUUAACAAUUAAAAACUUGUUUAGCUGACGAUCAUUUCCUUUAUUCUCGUGACCCUAAUGAAUGGGAAGAUAUUGUGCGGAGAAAUUGGAUGCUAGUCACUCUUAAAAUUAAGUGUCAAUACUCUGCGUGAACUGAACUAUCCGCCUCCUACGGUAUCGCCGGAAGCAUCUUGUUGAAAAGCGAUUUCCUGUUCAUUGGAAAACUUGAUAAAAUUAACGAAGAGAAAGGCUUAUGAUUGCUCACUGGAUUAAGUGGGUAGUCGGGAAUACAACUGUAGAGUUAACCCUUAACUUGUUGUAGCGUUUAGUCACUUUGCCACAUGUGCAACCUCGAGACAGUUGAAUUUCAUUUCGAUCCCCUUAAAACAUCAGUUAAGUACAGUUGAUUGAAAAAGCAAAAAAUAAAUAAAAAGGUCUGUGGGUGAGCUCGUUAACCCUAGUCAGACACAAAAUUACUGGUUCGUGGAUCUCCCAAUCGUUUUUCGUAUAAAACGGCAACGUCAGGCAUCAGUAACACGUCCCUUGUCAUUAAAGACCAACUGAACUUUGCACUCCAUUUUCGAUUUCCUCUUUCGGUAAAACCGGUGAAUAAUUUGACUCAUAUGCAACCUUUUGGUUAAUCAACCGGUUCGUGUUUCGUGUUCUUGGCUAGCGUGAGCGCCACGGUUGUACGUUAAGGAGGAGUACUUGAUGAUUGCAGAGAAUGCGAUUGCCCUAAGGAACUCUCAACUCGAGCUCCCUGCCGAGAAUGCUCUAAAAAUGUCGUUGGGUUUAAAAUUAACUAUAGCCCUACCCUCAGGCAUUUAAAGGAAAAAACUUAUUGCCGAUAAUACAUUGCUUAUUUUUCUUCUCUCUCUGCUUCGAAAUCAGUGAGUUACAUCUUCAUUAAAUUCCAACGUGUCUGAAACUAACUCAGUUGACUAACAUUUUACGUUAGAAAAGACAAGGUUGAUACGCUCUAUCAACCUUGAAAACAAACAAAGAAACUCUCGCAACUAUUAAAAACUCAUUUUGAUUUACUCACGGUGAAUUUCCUUGCCAUUUAAUGGUGACCAGAGAUAAAAUUGUAUAGAUUAAAUGUCCAUUUAGCUUCAAAAGAGACAAACAAACAAACAAAAGUUUGGCAAUCACAGCCAAUUCGUUCACACGGCGGUGAAGCGCCACCGUGCCCUGGAACAGAGGUAUGAAAUCUUACUUGCUCCAAGAAUAUUAACUAUGGAAUUCAUAUUUGAGUCAAAAUAUUAAAAGGCGUGAGUUUGAAAAGUCUGUAACACAUUUAUGAUAGCGGUGGCAGGCUGUAGAACCCCAUACAGAAUGUGCCUGGGUAAAAUGAGGAAUACAAUGGCUAUGGAAAACAAAACAGCAAUAAAUAUGUCCAAGAUUAACGACCCCCACAGAGGCUGUUAUCGACCCUCAAAGCAGCUAGUUAUGAGUGUGUUUAAUUGUUUCGCGUAUUACAUUUUCGUGAUUAAUUCUAAGUUAACACCUGACUGACGUCCGCUACUGCCAAGAGCAGCCAGGAUUUUUUCAGCCUCUACAAAGGAAAGACAACAUUGCUUCAAUGGUUCUACGAUCGCGGACGGAUAAUCAUUCAAUAUUCAAGGCAAUUAUUACUAUAAUGGGCUCUGUAGAAUAUGGUUAUUGUAUUAUGAACGCAGUGAUUUGUUCAGAAAUUAAUCAGCAAUGAUAAGUUUCAGCCGCAAGAAGUUAAAAAUUCUUUCGUGCAAGUGGUUAAUAAAACAAGCCGCAAGUAGCCGAGGGAAAAAUAGAUUCAUGCAAAACUUUUUGGUUAGUCAACCAGCUCGUGUUUUGUGCUCCUGGCCAGCGUGGGCGCCAAUUAGUGAGGUUGAACAAGUAAUUAAUGAUGGCGGAGGAUGUGAUUGCCUUGGGGAAACUUUUAACUCCCUUAAAAUACCAUAGAAAAUUGUGGUAGAGUUACAUCAUCUACAGGAAAAACAAAGUUGUUACUAACUCAUUUAUUUAUCUACGUUCUUCUCUUUCUCUUUCGAAUUAAAUGGCUGAAAUCCAAAUCAAAUCCUUGCUAGUCUAGAAUUGCUUCAUUUCACAAAAGAAAUAUUCCCAAGGUUGUAGGAGAAAUAAAGGCAAUUAGAACUUAUCCUUUUUUUGCUCUCCUUUUUCUCGAACCCGGUGGGUGAGAUCCCCAGCAUUCCGAAAGAUUAUCUCAUUUCACCAAGAUAUGCGGUAGAAGAAAGACAAUAUAUAUCGGUGUCUUUCCAUUUUAUGUGCCUGAGAAAAACCGGUCGAUGGAAGUAUAAAAAUGACAAAAGUUUGACGAUUCGGCGAAGCGCCAUCGGACCGUGCCUGUAGACAGAGAUAGAAGAAUCCUGUCCACGAAUGACCUAACAAUCCGUCAAGCAGCUAUGAACGAGUGUAUGCAAAAUCGGUUUUGCGUGAUGUACUUUCCAAGAAUGAUGUUAUGUCAACUGGCUGGCUGACGUCUGUUACUGGCUUGAACAAAGAUUCCUACCGAUUCAUUCAUAAAAUUAAUCAACCAGACGAUUUGGCGAAGCAUUACCAUGGAUCUGCUUUUCUUUUUUCUUCUCAUGAUUGCGUAAAUUGAUGUUUGCGUUUUGCGCAAACAAUCCUCGACCUGCAACACUCAAAUCACUGCUUAUUGAACGUCAAGUAAUCAAAAAUCAAUGCGAAGAGUCAGUUUAUUUUGAAAUUUUUUAUAAGGUUUAUUCCUAUUAAAGAUGCAGUUGUUUCUAAAUAGCUUUUUAUUUUCUGUGGAGGUUGCCAAAUUAAUUUGACAGCCCCGUCAGAUUCAGUGUUAUUGGUGGCACUAGUAGGAGAAGAAAUUGAGAUUUAUUGAUAGCUGCACUGACAAAAGCUCAAUAAAGCCUUCAUGUUAAGCCAUAAAUAGCCAUGGUGAGGCUUUUUCGUGGCUUAAGCGAUGGCGGAAAACCUCAAAGGAAAAAAUCUCUGUUCCUUGUGGUAAGCUGGAACAAAGCAGAGAAAAAUUAACAAAGCAAAGGGUGUGUUGAGAUUUAGCGGACUCUUAAGCUUACAAGUGUUUUUAAUUUAAUCACUGAUUUCUGGUUUGCAACACGAAAUCAUUAGUCCAUCGAUCGUAAAUAUGAUCCUAUUCUACAAUGCCACAGAAGUUUUGAGAAAAACUUUCAACUGUCGAUUCAUGAUUCAGAAUUAAGAGAAACAGAGAGUUAGUCUCUCCAUCCGCUCGCCUCAACCCAAAGGGAGAUUGACGGCAAAUUGGGCAGGCCAGCUUCUGACUUCAUAGCUUGUUUUACACUUGUUUACGCAGUAGCAUCGAAAAAAUAGAUCAUCUACGUCCAUUACAGCCAAUGAAAAACGUAACACCAAAUUCAAAUUUUCUCUUUCAUGAUGCUUUACCUAACUGGCCAGUAAUUUCUCUGGUUAUUAUUCUUCGACCUUAUUUUACAUUCUCUUGAGAGCUGCUUAUUGAUAUCUUGUUAAUUUUUCUGGCCUUACCACUGCGUUUAUUAUUGAUCUCGUAAACGCGGAAAAUAGUAUUGACCUUAAACAAUUAACCAGUUCCUUGUUGGAAGACAUCCAUGCACUAAGCUCAAACAAUAAGUUAAUUAGUCAUUAGAGUUUUUUCGAUAAAUAAUCAAAAUAGCGGGUACAAUAAAGGAAAACGGGUUUGGAGACUUGAAGUGCCACUCACAAAAACCGGCAGCAUUUGUCAAUAUUGCUCGGGUUAUAUUUCUUCAACUUCUCCUUCCACUUGAGACGUUUAGGUAAUAGUAAUAAUAAUAGUAAUAAUAAUAAUGAUAAUGGAAUGAAAACCUGGCACUUAAUUCCUUGUUGGAGGACAUGCACGUACAAAACUCAAACAACGAUAAAAUCAAAGCUACUUAAUUGAUGUAUAAACCAAGAAUAAAUUUAAGUCAACGUCUUUUGGUACUUUAGAUUUCUAAAGUAACCUUGAAUGCGAAAACUGCGAGGCAAUGCAAAUAAAAUUUAGGCCAAGUAUAAUCAUUUCAACUGCAACCUAUUUGAGGAGCCGCCUUUUCCAAAAUUAAAGACAAAUCAAGUAUUUUCCCAGAGUGAUGAAUCGAUCGAUAAAGAACCAAUGCCUGUGGCAAACAGUUAUUUUAAUGGCAUUCAAAACUGACCACAACAAAAGCCACAAUAAGCUGAAAGAGUUCCUGUUUGGAGUUAUAAAUUAAGAAGUUUCAAGUCAGAUAAGUUAGAGCUAUUUGUUCGUUCCAACGCAAAGAAUCAACCGACUUAAAGGUAAGAAUAAACUUUACGCUAAGCUAGUUAUCAAUACCAAUACUAAUAUUUUUAGUUAUCAUCUAGGUCUGCAAGCAUUUAAUGGUCUAAGUUAAGUCUAUAAGCAAAGUUAUAACAGAACAAAACAAAAAUCUCGAAGGGUUUCGGAAAGGGCUCCGGACGAUAUCAGAUUAAGUCAUAUUUUGUUGCUUUCCAUCCGAAAAGAAUCACCUGUUUUCAAAUCAAAGACCUGCUCGUAAUCACCGGAUUAAUUAUCCCUUUUAAGGACAUUAGUGAUGAUUGCAGUGAUCAAAUGAACAGAAAACACAAACACAGCGAUAAAUACCUAGACUACUAAAUUUACACAUAUAUAAUUAAAUUGGCUUUCUUCAAUCCAUAAUGCAACAAUGGUACUUUGGUGCUAACUUUUUAUUCUUGCUUUCCUUAACGACUUAGAGAGUUUUUUGUCUGAUUGACAGCCCGUUGUAACGUGAAUUGAAAAAGAUCCUUGCCCAUAAACUAUCAGAGCAGCGACACUAGGCUCCAUUUACGAGUAUGAAAAAGAAAUGUCUUUAAGUAAUAUUCUUCUUGGUUUGUUUGUUUGUUUGUUUGUUCUCUGGUUUUAUUUCACUGUGCAGAAGAGACCCAAUAUUACAAUAUUGCAGCCCAGACAAAGUUCAAGGCCAGAUUUGAGAAACACACGUCGCGGAACCAAAACGCUCAAUCGCCCACAGAUAUUGUUCAAAUCAAAUUAUUGACGUCAAAUGUGGUUUUGAACUUAACGCACACGCGGAAAAUGAAGUCGAUGGGUUAAAAUGACCAAUUAGCCAACGAGAAUUCUACGAUAGAAUUUGCCAAAUGUUAGCCGCUGCCAUUCGUCUAUUUGAUGAUAGAAGAAGUAAAUGAAACAUAGGGUUUUUUUUUCAGAUCAGAGCUUUGAUAUCUAUGGCCCACGGUAUUUUGCUGAUUACCUUUCCACGACUUUAGACUUUAUUUUCUAUAUAGUAUGUCGUUUUAAUUUACCUCACAUUACGACGGCGGUUAUUUUCAAACUCACGGGAACGAGGAAAUUAGAAUUGAUCUUUCAAACCAAAAACCAGUGACUUCCUUGUUGGAGGACACCCUGGCACUCCAUUUCAUUAUCUAUAUCUCUGCGGUAUAAUAAUGUGACGGAAUUGUUUAGCCUCAGUGUUCUCUGGCUUUACUUCACUGCGCAGAAGAGACCCAAUAUUCCGAUAUUGCAGUUCAGUCAAAGUUCAAGGCCAAAAUUAAGUAACACACGUCGCGGAACCUCCAGGCUCAAUCGUCCACAGUUAUUGUUCCAAUCAAAUUAUUGACGUCAAAUGUGGUUUUGACCUUAACACACACGCGGAAAAUGAAGUCGAUGGGUUAAAAUGACCAAUUAGCCAACGAGAAUUCUACGAUAGAAUUUGCCAAAUGUUAGCCGCUGCCGUUCGUCUAUUUGAUGAUAGAAGAAGUAAAUGAAACAUAGGGUUUUUUCAGAUCAGAGCUUUGAUAUCUAUGGUAUUUUGCUGAUUACCUUCCCACGACUUCAGACUUUAUUUUCUAUAUAGUAUGUCGUUUUAAUUUACCUUACAUUACGACGGCGGUUAUUUUUAAACUCACGGGAACGAGGAAAUUAGAAUUGAUCUUUCAAACCAAAAACCAGUGACUUGGCCACGCUUAACAAUGAUAUGAAAAGCAGAAAUCAUUUUAGGCUUUUAAAAUUGUGAACCAAACUCUUGCUCGCACAAUAUUUUACUUCUGCGUUUUGAAGUACUUUCCGUGUACUCUUCAAGCUCAAACGUGAAACUGAUGAAACCGUAGAGAAAGAAAUUUAAGGCAGAGUUCACAAGACGUGGUCACCGUAAAUCUGCAUAGAAAAUUUCCUCGCCCGGAAAAAAGAACUGCAUACGUAUUAAAAGGUGAUGAUACGAGAGUGCUUUCUAAAGCUGACAUAACUGACAUUAGUAUUUUAAAUGAAACUUCUUUGGGAUGAUUUGUGAGAGUCAGUACCAGUAAACAGCGGACAGCUCUCUCUUUCAAAUAUAUUCUGGCGCUCAAUUUGAAAGUGUUUAAACGUUUGAGAAGUUUACACUAGAAUUCAUUGCGAUGCGAAAUUUAUUUUUCAUUCUCUCAGUUACCAGAGAGUUGAGACUUUAACCCCUUACCUCGCGGUGAUUAAUAUUCAACAGUAAUCUUGUUAGCUUCACGAAAGGAUUCAUCAACAAAGCAAACCUUACCUCAAUCGCAGAGCGCGGCCAUUAACAACUUUGUAGUAGCCCAUCACCAUCCUUUCACGAUAGAUUGAAUCGGGAAAUAUCGCCAUUGAUGGUUUAUUGUCAGAAAAUAUUAAAACUCUCCAUAUUUUCGCUCUCACAUGCCAUAAAUCUAACGAAGGGUUUAAAUCUGCAACGGCGACUGCCAAAGUCAUACGUCGGAUCCGAAGAUGUUUUCAGUAUUUGACGAUCAAACAUUUCAUCAAUAAUUCCUUGAAACACGCUACAUGAGUUGUCCAAACGUAUUCUAAUGAAGAUUUUCCGUAGAGAUUUUUUUGAAUUCCUUUUAAAAUAGCGUGUGAGUUAGGUUUAAGAGAAAAUCUGGCAGAGUUGCUUUAAUUUCAGGCUUUCAUGUCUUAAUGCGUAUGACCAAAAUGAAGUUUCAUGCGCCGGUGGCCUUGAUCGAAUUUCAGUGGUUUUCUUUUAGAAACUAUCCACCUCAAUUUCAAAGAAUAAGUUUAAAUCAAGUUUUGUGUUGCUGUGACGCAGAAACCACCAAAGAAACAAUCUAGUCUUGCGCUUAUAAGAAUCACGGCGAGUUUUAGAAGACUGUAUUUUGCAAAAGUGAAAAUUGCUCAUCAAAAUUUCAAGUUCACUUUCAAAAGUAGUAAUGUCAUUACAUGUCAAUAAUGAAUUGAUCGACCUCUAUGUCGACGACUCCAUAUUACCCUAUUUUUUUCUUCAGCAGACAACAUGGUAGGACAUUUUCUCUGUGCCUUGCUGCUUAUCUUGGUUCUGGGAUUUGAACAGGGAUCCUCUUCUGUUUUGAACGACCCAGACCGGUUAGAGGAAGACACCUACACUACAGCAGACGUGGCGGAUGACCUUGCCGAGCUGAAUGACCUGGAAGUGGAACAGGUGCAAGACAGCGUGUCGGCCGACGUCUGCAAAGAGAUCAAAGAUGAAUUCAAAGCCGUGCAGAAAAAAUCCAUGGCUGAAGCCAAAAAAGAAAAACCUGAUAGCCUAAUAUCAGGGAGACAGGCAGCAUUAGCACAAACUCUGAGAAAGGCCUUUCAGAUACUACAACAUGGUAAAAGAUCAGUGGUGGACCAGUCGAAAGUGGUGAGGUCUUUACGGAACGAAGCUUGUGUCAAUUGCGCUAUACGAGAUAUUUGUGAGACGAAAAAGGUUUUGAACCUUUUAAAAAUAUCUGUGAAGAUGCGAUGGUAAGUGUUUCCAAAACCAUACAAAACACAAAAAUGAUGUUAAUAUCUUAAUUACUUAAACUUACAUUUUCAAAUAGAUCAAAUCAAAAUCUCAAAAUAGGCGCGAGUUAUUGAGAAAAAGGUAUUUCAGUAAAAAAGUUGGUAAUCUUUCAAGUUGUCAUGAUCUCCGUUAGGCAGGAACUCCCUAGAGACCUUGCUGCGAGAACAGUUCAACUGAAUUCGAACCGAAUUAGACUCCACUCAGUGCAAUUACUAUUGCUAAUAACCUUUUCAAUGAUACAUAGUCUGGGAUAGUUUCUCAAAAAGAAGCGCGUGCAUGAUUUUUUUAAGGCACCUGCGAAAGACUGGAUUAACCUUAAUUCCUCAACUUUUCUUUGAACGAAAAUUUAAACUCUUUCUCUUGAGAAGAUAUUUUACUCUAGAACUUACGCCUCCCCUUUUCUUUACACCGUAACUUGUUGAGCCAAAGCUGCUAAAGUCAAUUCUAGACACGGCACCUCAAAUUGCUGAUACCUUAAUUGUCCCUUACCAUUACUGGCGCGUUUCUUUUUUUCCUUUAUAGCAUUUCCAAAUUUGUAAUGGCAUUUGAAUUUUCAACAGAACUCUGUUAAUAAACAAGUUAUGUUUACUUUUUUCCUUCAGGUACUGGAGAAGAAGGAUAUGCAGGAGAAAGGUUCUUAAAUGUUUAGAACACGAACCGUUAGGGAACGUAAAAUGUCCACAUAAGUCUGAGGAGAAAGCCCGUUUUAGAACAAUUGAUGGAACUUGCAAUAACGUGAAUCAACCCCUUUUUGGAGCAGCUGGUACUCCAUUCAUACGAGUACAACCAGCUGAUUAUGCAGAUGAGGUCUCGGCACCUCGCGUGGCACAAAGUGAAGACCAGUUACCUAACGCGAGAAACGUGAGUCGUUUCGUCCAUGGCAGCAAUGCAAACCUCCAAAACCCUAAUUCUCCAAGGCUGACUCACCUGGCCAUGAAUUGGGGCCAGUUCCUGGACCAUGACUUAACGCUGGCGGGAGAACAAAAAGUUGCCUGUGAAACCGUUCCCUCUAAUGAGUCAGAGUGUUUCAACGUUGAAGUUCCGGCCGAUGAUGACGUCUUCCAGAGCAGGGGUGUUACAUUCUUCGAGCUGAUUCGAGAUGCUCCCCAUGAGUUUAAAAAAGAGUGUUCACCAGGAACAAGAGAACACACCAACACGAUAACAGCUUUCAUCGACGCCUCCAACGUUUACGGCUCUAACGAGGAGGAGGCUGAACACCUUCGAGCACCCGACGGGACAAUGAGAAUUAUGACACCUCGUCACGGCUGCCCCUUAGGGGAUCUUUUACCUGCACAAACAGAUCCUGAGAUACCAUGCGUAUCAAAAGAUCCUAACAGACCUUGUUUCGUAGCCGGAGACGAGCGCGCGAACGAGAAUCAAGGUGAGGUCACCAAAUCCUUUUAUUCGCAAAUAGACCGUGGUAUAUCGACCUUUUUCAAACACUUCUAUAACGUAUUCAUAUCGAAUAUUUACAACAAAACUGUAAAAUAUUGUUACUUCUACACAUGUAGACCACACAUUUUCAAAGGUUCCAGCUUCAGGUGUCAAGGCUUACACACAGACAUCCUUAUUAAGACGUGACUGAAAUGAUGAAAUUGCACAUGAGCUCUGUUCAAACCUUUUGGUCCCAAGAUCUCAACACUAUUGCUUCUGAAUGUCUACCAUACCUGGUGUCGCGAGGAGAAAGUGUUUUUCGGUCAUUUGAGGUCGUGAAAUAACUCAUACUCGACAAGCAAUAAAGGUAGUAUCCUGUGCUGGAAUUUGUCAUGCAUCUUCCUGUCUCAAGCCCUUCCAUCUCCUCCUAUAUUGAAUAACCCUUUUAUCUUCUUGCUAAUGAUGAGGUCUCAUGUCAGUGCAUACCCUCUUCGUUCGGGAGCAUAACCGAAUAGCAACAUUUUUUAGUGAAAACACAGAGUGGGAAGCGGAGCAGAUUUACCAGGAGACCAGGAGAAUCGUUGGAGCGGAAUUACAACUUAUUACAUACAACGAAGAUCUGCCACUGCUUCUUAGCCCCAAAACGGUAAGUAACUGUUUUCAUCGCUGUUUUAAUUUUUUUUUUCGAAUUCCCAACUGACUUCUUUUCUUCAUUUUUUAGAUCAGAGACAACAAUCUCGCUCUGCUGAAAGGAACACGGUAUUUCAAUGGUUACAACCCUGGUGUCAAUGCCCAAAUGUCUCAAGCCUUCUCUGCGGCGGCUUACCGAUUUGGCCAUAGUUUGGUUCAAGAGGAGUUUCUACGUCUAAGUCAGAAUGGCUUUGAACACAAAUGUAGCGAUGAUUCUAAGUCAGAGUUCUAUCCCAUCCCAGUAAAGGACUUCGGUAAUCCAACCUACCUAUACGAAAAGUGUAACGGGGGUGUCGAUUCCAUUUUUAGAGGCUUGGUUAAAAGUCCAGCAGCCAAAGUUGAUGGGUGAGUGGGAGAUGAAUUUUUAAUAGAACAUCCUUUUACGUAUCUCUUGCCUGGAAAAAGCGAGCCAAUAGAUACGUUUUCAUCCGAAGGGGGAAGGGAGGAGUUAUUAGGCGAAAGAGCAAUAGUGGUGGUUGUGCGAAAACUAAAACAGUUAAUUACACGAAAACAUCGAACAAUUUAUCAUUUUACCCAAAUACGUCUGAUUUAAAUGUUUGACCUCGAGAAAUUUAAAAUCCGUGCUAGAAUAUUUGCUGAAAAAAUGUUUCCUAUCAGGUAACUUAGAACGAAAGGUUAACUGCCAAAAAGUAAUAAAUAAGGUUAUUGAAAAUAUCCUAUUUCUUUAUUAAUCAUGAGUAGGAUUAUCAGUUACUUAUUAAUACACGAUAUUGAUUUGCAUACGAUUGAUCUUUGGGUUGGUCUGAUUCUUUCCCAGGCUCUUUUCCAAGUCUAUACAAGAAAACUUGUUUCGAGGCCCUGGUGACUUGUCCGACCUCGUAUCCCUGAACAUUCAAAGAGGACGUGAACGUGGUGUGCCUUCAUACACAACAUAUCGAAACACGUUUUGUAAAAUUACGCCUAUAGUAAACAGCUUCGAAGAUCUGCAAAAGGCUGGCAUCAACCGAAAAGAUAUAGAUAAUUUGAAGUCCCAGUACCAGUCAGUCCACGACGUCGAUCUUUUUGUUGGAGGUAUGUCUGCGCCAGCGUAAUGCCGCCAUUCAGCCAAUUUCGAUUGAGUGUUGUGAAACCAAAUCCAAAGUAAUCUCCAUAGGGAGCCAAUCAAAACUCAAAAAGAAAGGAGGGGGGAAAAGCAAGUAAGCUUGUAACCACAAUGCUGCAAAAUCUUUUAACGAAUGUGAACCAGGUACACGGGUGUUCCCGAACCUUACCACUCGUGUAGCCAAUCAUAACGAAGGAUUCGCUUUAUCACGCCUACUCCAGGACCCACAAAAACCUUUGUUAUGAUUCUUCACAGGAAUGUUGGAGCCGGCAGAUUCAGAGGGAGGAGCACUAGGAAAAACCUUUCAAUGUAUAUUAGCUGACCAGUUCAAACGCCUACGAGAGGGUGACCGCUUCUGGCAUGAAAACGCGCCAAACCGAAUAAAGAACACUGAUAAAACAGCUUUUACGCGAUGCCAACUGCAAGAAAUAAGAAAGGUUACAUUGGCCAAGAUAAUCUGCGACAAUGCUGAGAACAUUCCAUCUAUCCCCAGGAGGGUAUUGCAACAGUCAAAGACAUUCGUCGAUUGUAAAAAGCUACCCGAAAUGAACCUGGGUGUAUUUACACCAGAUUUCAGAUGUCCGCGCCAGGGAAGGUACGUUUGCAACUAUUAUUGAUUUGAAAGCAACUUCACCUGAAUUCGGUUUGAACUUUGAUUAACUGUUAUUUGACUGUUUUGUUUUCCGACAGAGUUUUGGGUGACGGCCCAGACCUUGAGGAUGAAGAUAAAGAAGGAUCGACUCGACUGAGUAAUCCGUCCACGAAUAUGGGAUAAUUCAUCAGCCUCUUGACCCCGACUCGAGGAUUUGCACUUGAUUAAUUCUAAGUGGGUUUCAUGUUUUAAGCUUGAUUUGCGCAUGAUGUAGAUCAUAUUUUAAAUUUAAAUUCUUAAAAUGGAGUAUGAAAAUUUUCAGCGAGAUAGCUUGUUUAUGAAAUUUAACGUUUCUUUGUAACUGGCUGUACUGUUUUUCAAACUUACAGGGGAUGGCGCCAUUAUUAUUACCAUUUGUAGCCUGCAAGAUGUUGCCAUUGGUGUAUCUGACAGGCAUUAAGCUAAUUUUGCUGUUGUUGUUGUUUCGUAGUUUCGAAACGAUCACCUUAGAUAUUAAUGUAGUAAAGUUUACUUCAGUGACGCAUCAAUCAGUGUCUAGCUCGUUAUUGACUAUCAACUUACAUGCGCAGCGGAUUCGGUACUUUUCGAGUAUCAGCCUUAUAAUCUAAGUUCACAAAGAUUGAUAAACCAUCUCGCUUAGUUGCUUAACCCAUUACAAAAUAACAUCAGUAGGCAUAUUCUCCAUACUAUUCUCUGUACAUCUCCUUGGGUGCUGACAAGGAGAAUAUUUUUAACAAUCAAAAGCUUGUUUAGCUGAUGAUCAGUUCCUCUAUUCCCGGGACCUUAAUGAAUGGGGUGAUAUUAUGAGAAGAAAUUGGAUGUUGCACUCUUAAUUAAUUGUCAAUACUCUACGUGAACUGAACUAUCCGCCUCAGUAUCGCCGGAAGUAUCUUGUUGAAAAGCGAUUUUCUGUUCAUAGCAAAACUUGAUGAAAGAAGAGAAAGGCUUAUGAUUGGUCACCGGUUUAAGUGAGUAGUCGGGAAUACAAUUGUAGAGUUAACCCUUAACUUGUUGUAGCGUUUAGUCACUUUGCCACAUGUGCAACCUCGAGACAGUUGAAUUUCACUUCGAUCCCCUUCAGACAUCAAUUAAGUACAGUUGAUUGAAAAAGCAAAAAAUAAAUAAAAAAAAGGUCGGUGGGUGAGCGCGUUAACCCUAGUCAGACAUAAAAUUACUGGCUCAUGAAUCUCCAAAUCGUUUUUCGUAUAAAACCGCAACGUCAGGCAUCAGUAACACGUCUCUUCUUAUUGAACACCAUCUGAACUUUGCACUUUAUUUUUUAACCUUAAGAAUUUCUACUUUUUGAUCAAACUGCUGAGCACCGUCGCGAAUAGACUAAAUUCCCGACAGUUGUAAAUUUAAUUAUUCACCAAAAUGCCUUCGAAGAGUUCUACUUCGUACAGGGCACUUUUACUAGUUCUUUCUUUAAAAAUUUCUCUCUGUAAGCCAGCAAAUCUUGAACAUAAAAAGAAGUCAACAUGUUCCCCUAAGCUGUAUUUUGGUUCACUCGAUGUAAAGAUCUCUGACAGUGGCAGUGCAUCUUUCACUACAAUACCCCCAAAGGCCCUGUUACGCUGAGUAAAAGUACAUCUUCACAGAAGUAAAACCUUUUUAAAUCUUCACUCCGUGAAAAUACGUUUUCUGAAUUCGUGGAUAUUUCCGACUGCUGGGCAUUUAGUCUAUUUGAGAUCUUGCCCGGUAGUCUUUUCAAGUGUCGACAACCAAGCGAUUUUGUGGUUCGAUAAGCUCGGAAAAAUGAUUUUAGAAUCACAUGGGAUAUGUAGACAAACAUCGAGUUUUCCCAAUAGCUUUUAUUUGAGGUUUACUGCAAUGUUUCCCUCCAUAUUUACUGAGCUUGAAGCUCUCCCUUACUGUCACGCCACAGUGGUAUGGAAGACAACAUUUUACGAAACCAGCGUGACCUCCCGAGCUUUAAAACAUGAUUGGUACGUUCAAGCUAACCAAAGCCAACGCAAUCCUUUGAAUCGCUUGGUAUUUCUAAAUAAACUCAAAUAUUCCGAAUAGUCUGUCCAAAAGCGUAAAAUUCCUAAGUGGCAACAACAGAGCGAUGAUAUAUGAUGCACAAUCUCGGAAAAUUUAUCCAGUUAAGGAGACUCCAUAGGGUUUUAUGACCGCGUGAGCUAAAACUGUCAACAUGAAAACAAACACGGCGGCUCGAUACGAUCGCACGAUUGUUAUCUGAAAAGGUGUGUUAAAAACAGUUUCACACAAUGCACUUUUUCUGUGAUGGAACCUGGGGUUUCCAGCAACUGCACCCGUAAUAUUCCUAGGCCUUCUACGCCUAAAGAAGGGGUCAACCGAAAAGAAGACACUGUGGGACAGACGAGGCGACAGAUUCGAAAGUUUACACAUGCUCAGAUAGAGAUCUUGGCGAAGUUCUAUUCCAUUAGGUAAUUUUUUUGUGACAAAGAAAAUAAGGAUCUUUCGAGCAAGAUUUAUCGCGUUUCCUUGAGUGGAACUUCCCAAGAUUUGCUGGACCGUUAAACAUAAUUGUGCCCUUCCUGGUGUCUGUUGAUGAAAACAAUUCAUAAGAACAAAUUUGAGACAGAGGAAGAAAAAACAAAUUUAAAUUGCAAAUAGCGAGAAAACUGCCAUUGUAACCCCUAUUUUUUUCGGCUUUUAAAUAAUCAGCAGGACAAAUUUCACAAAUUGUGAAAAUUUUAAGAGAUUUUACCGAAGCAAAAGGCAAAGCAAAAUUAUCGCUUAAUUAUUGCUUAAUAACGAAAAUCACUUUGAUAAUAUUUACUACAGCAAACGAUAGUCCGAACCUUACUCAUCUCCCUCUUGAUGGCUUUAAGUGACAUAGAAAGGCGAAAAGAUAAAAAUUUCAGUCUAGAAAAAGAAUACGCUAGCGUGCGCGCCAACAUUGAGGAAAAACCCUAUGGAGCCACCUUAAACAACAAUUUAAUAUUUAAAUCGCUUGAAAUUUCUAAUCAAACAUCUGAUAUUACAAGUUUGGAAACAAACUUCUGAUAUAAGAAAGUUGGAAGAAACUUUUAAUGAAAAUUCUGUGAAAAUUUCUGACUGCCAGGCAUUUAGUCUAUUUGAGACCGUGCCCGGCUGUCGGGCAUUUAGUCACAGCGUAAAUUGUAACCUUUUUAAAGAGCUGCAUUUUAUAACAAUAUAGACAAAUCAAGCAUUUCCUCGGUGUAAAAAAUCGAUCAAUUAAAAACAAUUGUUUUGGGCAAAAAUUUAUGUUAAUUACAUCAAAUUUAAUAUCUGGAAUCGCUCGACAUUUCUAAACAAACAUUUGAUAUUAGAGGGUUGGAAGAACUUUUUAGUGGGAAUUCUGUGAAAAUUGCUGCCAGGUAUUUAGUCUCUGUGGGACCGAGCCCGGCUGCCGGGCAUCAAGUCACGCAUAAAUUGUAAUCAUUUUGAAGAGCUGCCUUUUCAAAAAAAAUAUGAACAAAUCAAGAACUUUCUUGGUGUAAAAUUCGAUCCAUACAAUAACCAUCGUUUUGGGCAAAUAUUUAUUUUGAUCACAUCAAAAUUACCACAACAAAAGACGCAUUUAACAGAUAAAGUUCCUGUUUGGGGAAGUAAGAAAUUUUAAGUCAGAAAAGUUAGAGCUGUUCGGUAAUUUUAUUGCGAAGAAUCAACUGACUCAAAAGUAUGGAUGAAUUGUAAAAGUUAGUUACAUGCAUCUACACUAAUACCUUAAUCAAUAUUUCCUACAUUAUUUAAUAGCCUUAGGGAUAUCAAAAAGUCUUUAUUACUUUGGUCUAAAAGCAUCGUUCUCGCGUCAUAACAGACCAACAAAUUAUUCGAAGGGUUUUUGGAAUGGCCAUGGGUCCAAACGAGAUCAGAUUAUGUCAAAGAAUCGGCUGUUUUCAAAUAAAAGACCUGAGAGUAGUUGCUGGUUAAUUAGCCCCUUUAAAAUUUGGUGAUGAUCAUAGCCUUAGAAAGAUCGGUUAACUGUAAUCCAGUUAAUGUUUGUAGACCAUAUAGAGAAUAAUACAUGGGCGCGCCUAGAUAUAGAGUUUUUCUGUGAGUGUUACGGCAUCUAAAGAUAAAAAAAAGUAAUAACUUAUUUAUUUAUGUACUUUCUUCUCUUUCUCCAUUGAAUUGAAUGGCUGAAAUCCAAAUCAAAUCCCCACUAGUCUAGAAUUACCUCAUUUCACUAACGAAAUAUUCGAAAAUAUCAAGUCCCCACUAGUUUAGAAUUACCUUUUUUCACUAACGAAAUAUUCGCAAGGUUAUAGAAGAAAUAAAGCCAAUUAGAGCUUAUCUAUUUUUUGCUCUCUCUUUCUCGAAUCCAGUGGCUGAGAUUCCCUUGUGCUCCGAAAGAUUAUCUCAUUUCAAAAAGAUAUGCGAUAAAAGAAAGAGAAUAUUUAUAGGAGCCUUUCCAUUUGAAAGUGUUUCAGAAAACACGGCCGAUGGAAAUGUAUUUGGAAUCGCUUGACAUUUCCAAACAAACAUAUCAUAUUAGAAGGUUGGAAACAAAUAUCUGGUAUUAGAAGGUUGAAAGAACCUUUUGAUGGAAAUUCUGUGGAAAUUUCUCACUGCCGGGCAUUUACUCUAUUUGAAACCGUGCCUGGCUGUCGCACAUUAAGUCACAACGUAAAUUGUAACCUUUUUGUAGAGCUUCUUUUCAAAAACUGUGAACAAAUAAAGUGUUUUAACGUUGUAAAACAUUGAUCAAUAAAAUACCAUUGUUUUGGGCAAAUGUUUAUUUUGAUUACAUCAAAUUUAAUAUUUGGAAUUGCUUAACAUUUCUAAACAAACAUCUGAUAUUAGAAGGUUGGAAACAAACAUCUGAUAUUAGAAGGUUGAUAGAACCUUUUGACGGAAAUUUUGUGAAAUUUCUCACUGCCGGGCAUUUAGUCUAUUUGAGACCGUGCUCGGCUGCCGGGCAUUAAGUCAAAGCGUCAAUUGCAACCUUUCUUUAAGAGCUACCCUUUCAAAAAUAUAGACAAUUCAAAUACUUUUUUCGGUGUAAAAUCGAUCUAUAAAAUACCAUUUUUCUGGGCAAAUAUUUAUUUUGAUUACAACAAAAUUACCACAACAAAAGACGCAUUAAACAGAUAAAGUUCCUGUUUGGGGCAGUAAAAAAAGAAAUUUGAAGUCAGAAAAGUUAGAGCUGUUCGGUAGUUUCAUUGGGAAGAAUCAACUGACUCGAAGGUAAGAAUGAAUUGUGUAAGUUAGUUACAUGUAUCUAUACCAUUACCUUAAUCAAUAUUUCCUUCAUUAUCUAAUAGCCUAAGGGUCAUCAAAAAGUCUUUAUAACUUUAGUCUCAAAGCAUCGUUCUCGCGCCAUAACAGACCGAAAAACUAUUCGAAGGGUUCUUGGAUUGGCCAUGGGUCCAAACGAGAUCAGAUUAAGCCAUGGAAAAGAAUCAGCUGUUUUCAAAUCAAAGAACCGAGCGUAGUUACUGGUUAAUUAGCCGCUGUGAGAAUAUUGGUGAUGAUCAUAGCGUUAAAAAGAUCAGUAAACUAAACUCAUCAAUGUUUGUAGACCAUAUAGAGAAUAAUACAUGGGCGCGCCUAGAUAUGGGAUUUACCUUCGAGUGUUACAGCAUCUAAAGGAAAAAUAAAGCUGGUAAUAACUUAUCUAUUUAUCUAGUUUCUUCUCUUUCUCCAUUGAAUCAAAUGGCUGAAAUCCAAAUCAAAUCCCCACUAGUCCAAAAUUGCCUCAUUUCACUAACGAAAUAUUUGCAAGGUUACAGGAGAAAUAAAGCCAAUUAGAGCUUAUCUAUUUUUUGCUCUCUCUUUCUCGAAUCCAGUGGCUGAGAUCCCCUUGUGCUCCGGAAGAUUAUCUCAUUUCAAAAAGUUAUAUGCGAUAAAAGAAAGAAAACAUUUAUAGGUGCCUUUCCAUUUGAAAGUGUUUCAGAAAACACGGUCGAUAGAAAUGUAAAAAAGGCAAAAGUUUGACGAUUCGGCGAAGUACUACCGGACCGUGCCUGUAGUUAGAGAUAAGAAAAUCUUGUCCACCAAUGACCUAACAAUCCGUCAAGCAGCUAUGAACAAGUGUAUGCAAAAUCGGUUGUGCGUGCUCUACUUUCCAUGAAUAAUCUUAUGUCAACCGAGCGAUAUUAAAGGUGCACAAGCUCGGAGAAUUUAUCCAAUUAAAAAAAAAUUAAUAUUUGGAAUCGCUUGACAUUUCUAAACAAACAUCUCAUAUUAGAAGGUUGGAAGAACUUUUUUGUCGAAAUUCUGUGAAAAUUUCUGACAACCAGGCAUUUAUUCUAUUUGAGACCGUGCCCAGCUGCUGGGCAUUAAGUCACAGCGUAAAUUGCAAUUCUUUCGAAGAGCUGUCUUUUCCAAAAAUAUAGACAAAUCAAGUACUUUUUCGGUGUAAAAAAUCGAUCUAUGAAAAAACUAUUAUUUUAGGCAAAUAUUUAUUUUGAUUUCAUCAAAUUACCACAACAAAAGAUGCAUUGAACCGAUAAAAGUUCCUCUUUGGGGUUAUAAAAUAAGAAAUUUUAAGUCAGAAAAGUUAUUGAGCUGUAUGUUCGGUAGUUUCAUUGCGAAGAAUUAACUGACUCGAAGGUAAGAAUGAAUUGCGUAAGUUAGUUACAUGUAUCUACACCAAUACCUUAUUCAAUAUUUCCUACCUUAUUUAACUGAGCUUUAGUGUCAUCAAGAAGUCUUUACAACUUUAGUCUAAAAGCAUCGUUCUCGCGUCAUAACAGACCGAAAAUUAUUCGAAUGGCCAUGGGUUCCAGACGAGAUCAGAUUUAGCCGUAUUCUUUUUCGAAAAUAAUCGGCUGUUUUCGAAUCAAAGACCUGAUCGUAAUUAUUGGUUAAUUAGCCCUUUUAAAGAUAUUGGUGAUAAUCAUAGCGUUAAAAACAUCAGCAAACUAAACCAAUCAAUAUGUAGAGAAAAGUACAUGGGCGUGCGUACAUAUGGAAUUUCUCUUCGAGUUUUCGAGUCAAUAGCUCACAUUUUUCAAUAAUUGACUUAGUCCUUACUGAAAGAAGAAAUCUUUCAGGGACACAGCCAAAAGGGCCUGUGGAAAGCCUUCCAGUUGACGAUUUUCGUUCUCAGCCGCGAGAAAUGCCAUCACCAGAGCCACUGAAUACGCAACUUUUGGUUUUUCUCUUCGUAUUUUGGUUUUCUUCCCUUUAUAAGAAAGUUUUAACGUCACCGUCUGUAAGCAAUACGGAUUUUUCAGUGUUUUAAUAGCUAUAAUUCGAGAAAAAUUCCGUCAAACAACAUUGGAUUUAGAAGAGUGAAGGCUUUGCUGUUUGUUCAUCAACCUGACUGAUUGACGCGAAAGGCGAGUGACGCGUCAGCAACUGAUUGGCGAUAUCAAACAACUUGAAAAAAUAUCGUACUUUUUCACGUGUGUUGUUACGGCUUCUCUCAGGGCUAGAAAUCCUUGUAUAACACCGUAGUUUAUAUGUCGUCAACCAUUUUUUAGCAGUAAAAUCAAUAAUUAAUUGAAUGAACUGUGUGUUGACGGCUCCAAGUUACUUCGUUUUCCUUUUUUUAGACAAUAUGGCAGGACGUUUCCUCGGUGCUUCACUGCUCAUCUUGAUUGUGGGAUUUAAGCAGGGAUCCUCUUCUGUUUUGAACGACCCAGACCAGUUAGAAGGAGACACCUACACUACAGCAGACGUGGCGGAUGACCUUGCCGACCUGAAUGACCUGGAAAUGGAACAGGUGCAAGACAGCGUGUCGGCCAACGUUUGCAAAGAGAUCAAAGCUAAAUUCAAAGCCGUGGAGAAAAAAUCCAUGGCUGAAGCCAAAAAAGAAAAACCUGAUAGCCUAAUAUCUGGGAGACAGGCAGCAUCUAGAGCAAGUCUGAGAAAAAGCUUUCAGAUACUACAACAUGGUAAAAGAUCAGUGGUGGACGACUCGAAAGUGCUUAGGUCGUUACAGAAUGAAGCUUGUGUCAAAUGCGCCAUACGAAAUAUUUGUGAGACGAAGAAGGUUUUGAACCUUCUAGGAAUAUCUUUGAAGAUGAAAAGGUAGGCUUCCAAAACCAAAACACAAAAAUGGCGUUCAGAGCUUAAUUACUUAAACGUGCAUUUUUAAAAAUGUCAAAUUAAAAUCUUAAAAUGCGCGCGAUUUAUUGAGAAUAAUGUAUUUAGGUUAAAAAGUUGAUAAUCUUUCAAGUUGUCAUGAUCUCCAUUAGGCUGGAACUCCCUAACGACCAUGUUGCAGCAAACAGCUCAACCGAAUUCGGACCGAACUAGAUUCCACCCAGUACAAUUACUAUUGCUAAUAACCUUUUCAAUGAUACAUAGUCUGGGAUAGUUUCUCAAAAAGAAGCGCGUGCAUGAUUUUUUUUAAGGCACCUGCGAAAGAUUGGAUUAACCUUAAUUCCUCAACUUUACUUUGAACGAAAGUUUAAACUCUUUCUCUCGAGAAGAUAUUUUACUCUAGAACUUACGCCUCCCCUUUUCUUUACACCAUAACUUGUUGAGCCAAAGCUGCUAAAGUAAAUUCUAGCCACGGCACCUCAAAUUGCUGAUACCUUAAUUGUCCCUUACAAUUACUGGCGCGUUUCUUUUUUUCCUUUAUAGCAUUUCCAAAUUUGUAAUGGCAUUUGAAUUUUCAACAGAACUCUGUUAAUAAACAAGUUAUGUUUACUUUUUUCCUUCAGGUACAGGAGAAGAAGGAUAUGCAGGAGAAAGGUUCUUAAAUGUUUAGAACACGAACCGUUAGGGAACAUAAAAUGUCCACAUAAGUCUGAGGAGAAAGCCCGUUUUAGAACAAUUGAUGGAACUUGCAAUAACGUGAAUCAACCCCUUUUUGGAGCAGCUGGUACUCCAUUCAUACGAGUACAACCAGCUGAUUAUGCAGACGAGGUCUCGGCACCUCGCGUGGCACAAAGUGAAGACCAGUUACCCAACGCGAGAAACGUGAGUCGUUCCGUCCAUGGCAGCAAUGCAAGCCUCCAAAACCCUAAUUCUCCAAGGCUGACUCACCUGGCCAUGAAUUGGGGCCAGUUCCUGGACCAUGACUUAACGCUGGCGGGAGAACAAAAAGUUGCCUGUGAAACCGUUCCCUCUAAUGAAUCAGAGUGUUUCAACGUUAAAGUUCCGGCCGAUGAUGACGUCUUCCAGUGCAGGGGUGUUACAUUCUUCGAGCUGAUUCGAGAUGCUCCCCAUGAGUUUAAAAUAGAGUGCUCACCAGGAACAAGAGAACACACCAACACGAUAACAGCUUUCAUCGACGCCUCCAACGUUUACGGCUCUAACGAGGAGGAGGCUGAACACCUUCGAGCACCCGACGGGACAAUGAGAAUUAUGACACCUCGUCACGGCUGCCCCUUAGGGGAUCUUUUACCCGCACAAACAGAUUUUGAGACACCGUGCGUGUCAAAAGAUCCUAACAGACCUUGUUUCGUAGCUGGAGACGAGCGCGCGAACGAGAAUCAAGGUGAGGUCACCAAGUCCCUUAAAAAAGACCGUAUAUCGACCUUUUUCAAACAGGUUUAUAGCGUAUUCAGAUCGAUUAUUUACGAUUAAAACUGUAAAAUAACGUUACGUCUACACAUGUAUACGUAGACCACGCAUUGUCAAAGGUACAGGGUGUCAAGACUUGUACACAGACAUCCCUAUUAAGACGUGACUGAAAUGAUGAGACUGCACAUGAGCUCUGUUUAAACCUUUUGGUCCCAAGAUCUCAGCACUAUUGCUUCUGAAUGUCUACAAUACCUUUGGUCGGAGGGGAAACUGCUUUUCGGUCAUUUCAGGUAAUGAAAUCAUUCAUACUCGACAAGCAAUAUAGAGAGUAUCCUGCGCCGUUAUUUGUCGAACAUCUUCCUGUCUCAAGCCCUUCCAUCUCCUCCUAUAUUGAAUAGUUCUUUUAUCUUCUUGCUAAUGAUACGUAUUUUAUGGAUACAACAGGUCUCAUGUCAGUCCAUACUCUCUUCGUCCGGGAGCAUAACCGAAUAGCAACAUUUUUCGAUAAAAACACAGGAUGGGAAGCGGAGCAGAUUUACCAGGAGACCAGAAGAAUAGUUGGGGCGGAAUUACAAUUCAUUACAUACAACGAAUUUCUGCCACUGCUUCUUAGCCCCAAAACGGUAAGUAACUGUUUUAAUCUCUCUUUUUUUUUGGUUUUUUUUUUUCGAAUUCCCAACUGACUUCUUUUCUUCAUUUUGUAGAUCAGAGACAACAACCUCGCUCUGCUGAAAGGUAAACGGUAUUUUAAUGGUUACAACCCUGGUGUCAAUGCCCAAAUGUCUCAAGCCUUCUCUGCGGCGGCUUUCCGAUUUGGUCACAGUAUGGUUCAAGAGGAGUUUCUACGUUUAAGUCAGAAUGGCUUUGAACACAAAUAUAGCAAUGAUUGUAAGUCAGAGUUCUUGCCCAUCCCAGUAAAGGACUUUGGUAAUCCAACCUACUUAUACGAUAAGUGUAAUGGGGGUGUCGAUUCCAUUUUUAGAGGCUUGGUUAAAAGUUCAGCAGCCAAAGUUGAUGGGUGAGUAGGAGAUAAAUUUUUAAUAGAAUCGAACAUUCUUCUAAGUAUCUCUUGUCUGGAAAAAGCGAGCCAAUAGAUACAUUUUCAUAAGGAGGGGGAAGGGGGGAUUUAUUAGGCGAAAGUGGAAAAGUGGAGGUUGUGCGGAAACUAAAACAGUUAAUUAGACGAAACCACCGAACGCAAACUCAUUUUAUCCGAAUACUUUUGAUUGAAACUUUUUACCUCUAGAAAUACAAAUUCUGUGCUAGAAUAUUCGCUGAAAAACAUUUCCUAUCAGGUAAGUGAUAGGAAAUAUUUAUUAUUAAAGCAAUAAAUCCAGUCAUUGAAAAUAUCCGAUUUUAUAUCAAUUAUGAGUAGGAUUAUUAAUACUCAAUACACGAUAUUGAUUGGCACACGAUUGAUCCUUGGGUUGGUUUGAUUCUCUCCCAGGCUCUUUUCCAAGUCUAUACAAGAAAACUUGUUUCGAGGCCCUGGUGACUUGUCCGACCUCGUAUCCCUGAACAUUCAAAGAGGACGCGAACGUGGUGUGCCUUCAUACACAACAUAUCGAAACACGUUUUGUAAAAUUACGCCUAUAGUAAACAGCUUCGAAGAUCUGCAAAAGGCUGGCAUCACCCAAAAAGAUAUAGAUAAUUUGAAGUCCCAGUACCAGUCAGUCCACGACGUCGAUCUUUUUGUUGGAGGUAUGUCUGCACCAGCGUAAUGCCGCCAUUCAGCCUAUUUCGAUUGAGUGUUGUGAAACCAAGUCUAAAGUAAUUACAUCAGCCAAUCAAAACAAAGCAAAUCAUCAUAGGGAGCCAAUCAGAACUCAAAAAGAAGGGAGGGGGAAAAGCAAGAAAACUGACUGAAGAACAGGAAAACGCAAGUGACCAAGUCGUCUUUGUUUGAAGUUUUUCAUCUGAUUGUUUAAGACGGCGACGUAACUUUUCCUGACCGGCCACAACGAAAAGUGAAUCAAAACUGACAGAUGCAAUCUAUAGAGUACAUUUCGAUUGAGUGUCGUAAAUCCAAGAUCAAAGCAAUCACAAUUACCAAUUAGUACAUAGGCACAUAUCAUAAGGAGCCAUUUAGAACUGAAAGAAAAAGCAAACUGCCUCAAGCGCGGGGAAACGCGAGCUAUCAUAUAAACUACAGUGUUAUACAAGGAUUUCUAGUCCUGCGAGCCUUUACGAUUCUCAUUACGAGGUACUUUGUCGGAACAUUUUCGGAUUAUGGCUGCUGAAACACGUAUCACUUUCAAUGACAGUGACGUUCAAACUUUCCUAGAAGGGGGAAAAAACCAUUAUGAGAACUAGGCACAAGCUCUUUGUUUCCUUUUGCAGGAUCAAAGCCGGUGCUACCGAACCUCGCCCACUCGAGUAGCUAAUCGUAACGAAGGAUUCGCUUUAUCAUGCCUACUCCGGGAUCCAAAAAAAAAAGAAAAAAACGCCAGGCACUAGGGUAUAUCUGUAUUUCACUUUCGUUAAACUUACAUAAGUGAAAUAAUUAAGCGCAGGAGGAGGAAGGUUUAAAACAGCGUUUGUAGUAAUUGUUCCUUUGUUAUGAUUCUUCACAGGAAUGUUGGAGCCGGCAGAUUCAGAGGGAGGAGCACUAGGGAAAACCUUUCAGUGUCUAUUAGCUGACCAAUUCAAACGCCUACGAAAGGGCGACCGCUUCUGGCAUGAAAAUGCGCCAAACCGAAGAAAGAACACUGAUAAAACAGCUUUUACACGAUGCCAGCUGCAAGAAAUAAGAAAGGUUACAUUGGCCAAGAUAAUCUGCGACAAUGCUGAGGACAUUCCAUCUAUCCCCAGGAGGGUAUUGCAACAGUCAGAGAUAUUCGUCGAUUGUAAUAAGCUGCCCGAAAUGAACCUGGAUGUGUUUACAUCAGAUUUCAGAUGUCCACGGCAGGGAAGGUAUGUUUGCAACUAUCAUUGCUUUGUAAGCAACUUCACCUAAAUUUCUCUCAACUUUAAUUAACUGUUAUUUGACUGUUUUGUUUUCCAACAGAGUCUGGGGUGACGCCUCAGACCUUGAGGAUGAAGAUGACGAAGGAUCGACUGAGCAAUCCAGAAUAACAUGGAAUAAUUCAUCAGUCUCUUAA